CCGAGUCCAUAUUCAUCAUGGAGUCCAACUUCAACAUUAUGGUAUCAUUAGAAGAAGAGAAUGAGACUGUGAAGCAGAGAAUCACACAAGGGAUGCCACUCCUCACUCCAUACAACAUGGGAAGAUUCAAUCUCUCUCACAGGGUAGUUUUAGCACCAUUAACAAGAACAAGGUCCUACAACUUUGUGGCUCAGCCGCAUGCUGCUCUUUAUUAUUCUCAAAGAACGACGAAAGAUGGCUUUUUGAUUGGAGAAGCUUCGGGAAUAUCAGAAACUGCGCAAGGGUACCCAAAUACUCCCGGCAUUUGGACAAGAGAGCAGGUGGAAGCAUGGAAACCAAUAGUGAAAGCCGUUCAUGAGAAAGGAGGAAUAUUCUUUUGCCAACUAUGGCAUGCUGGAAGAGUCUCCAAUUAUGGUUACCAGCCAAAUGGGGAGGCCCCAAUUUCAUGCACAGACAAAGCUAUUCAAAAGGAGGGAUUCAGCAGGUACCCACCUCCUCGCCGCCUUAGAACUGAUGAGAUCCCUCACAUUGUCAAUCACUUCGUAGUGGCAGCCAGAAAUGCCAUGGAAGCUGGUUUUGACGGGGUAGAGAUACAUGGAGCGAAUGGGUACUUGCUUGAUCAGUUUUUAAAGGACAAAGUCAACGACAGAGAUGACGAGUACGGAGGAACCUUAGAAAAUCGUUGUCGGUUCCCACUGCAAGUGGCGGAGGAAGUAGCCAAAGAGAUCGGAGCUGACAAGGUUGGUUUUAGGCUCUCCCCAUUUUCAGAUUACUGUGACUGUGGGGACUCUGACCCACUAGCAUUGGGCAUCCACAUGGCCAAGUCACUGGGCCAAUUGGACGUACUUUAUUGCCACGUCAUUGAGCCCAGGAUGGUCACAAUGCUUGAAAAGUCUGACACCGCAAAGGAGUCCCUUUUGCCCAUUAGAAAGGCUUUCAACGGAACCUUCAUUGUUGCUGGUGGCUACAAUAGGAGUGAUGGGAACAAGGUCUUAGCAAGUGGCGGUGCUGAUUUGGUGGCGUAUGGACGCCUCUUCUUGGCAAACCCUGAUUUGCCAAAGAGGUUUGAAUUGGAUGCUGAGUUGAAUAAGGCUAAUAGAAGCACUUUCUACACCCAUGAUCCUGUGGUUGGAUACACUGACUAUCCAUUUCUUGAAGAUCAUCAACCAAACGGAAAGUAGAUGUUAAUUACAAUUGUUAAAGGAUGGGAUUCGGAAUUGGGCAAAAAAUGUAUCUGCUAGUUUGGGUUACUAAGAGCAUGUAUCAAUUUUAUGUUUUGUCAAUAUUAUGCUAUGGAUAAUAAAGUAGGUUCAUGGGGGAAGUGAAGAAAUGUAGCGACUUCGGAUCCUACAAGUGUUAUUUGCGUGGAAACUCCCAGUAAUAAGAAUCUAUUGUUCCCUUGUUAAAACCAAUUAAGAAACUUAUGUAUCAUUAUUCUAAGACCGCGAUUGGCCAGAAAACAACAUAAUUCAAUCUAUAAGUAGGUGUGCUUGGUGGAAGGUAAGAACCAAAUAUUCCAAGUCAACCGACAAGAUCGAGUUACUGACAACACGAACGACGAAAGGUUGAACCAGGUAUAGAUCAAAUAGUAAAACCAAAGUCAACUUUUCGCAUGCAUGGAUAAGGCACUAAAAUAUCCUUAUGUAACAAGACGCGAAGGCAUGGCUUCAACAAGAGAAAUUAACAAAAUUGUUGUCGGACAUCAUACCUACAACGAUCAUAUCCAGUUCAGAAAGUCAACGCUGAAGUAGAAUGCUUACGAAGAAAAGGUUAGUGAGAAAAAUUCAACACAUAUAUACAACCAAGAAAAUACAGCAUGACGGAAAGGAUAAGCCAAUUAUAUUGAUACAAACGUAAGUAGAUUUCAUCAUGAAAAGAUACAAUCUCUCUAAAAGAGAUAAACACCCCUUAACUAAAUAGUUGAAUCCAAAGGUACAAAUAAAGAUGGGCUCCCUUUUGUAGCUAUUUCAUUUUCUGAAAAGGCAAAACAAAUUUACUGAGGGAGCAGGAAUACGUUUUCUGGAAGAACGAAACAUGUUUAUCAGCAAGUGAUGAGACCCAUCUACAGAAGACGAUCAAUCACCAAAA